AGCGGCGGCGGCACAUCGGAGGCUCCCUGCUGAACGUCAGUCAGCCUCUUUGGGAUGAGAAGAACUCAAUGUCACGCAUUGCGGAGGAGAUGCAGGAGCCUUUCCCGUCCUCUUGGCUGUAAAUGGAUUUUGGCUUCGGCGUUCUUCUUGACCAGGAUCUUCUGUGUCUUCAAACUAUGAGCAGGCUGCGACGGGAAUCUGGGAAUACAGGGCUCUGACUGGGUAUCACCUGGAGCAAAGCUCUGGAGUGACCCACACCAUGAAGACCCAAAACACCAAAGGUGUUACGUCAUCGUCACCUUCCCGCCGGCGAAAGCCUCGCUUUACUCUGCGAGGCCGAAAAAAGAAAGACGGUGUGAUCCAAGGCAAACUGCGCCUACGUUCCAUUGCCGGUGCAUUCCUGGUGUUGGGGGUCGUCGUUGUCAUGGUGGGCACCGCUCUAGCGGUGGCCGGAUACAGAAUGUCACGUCUGUCUGUUCUGGGGGCUGCAGAAAACAAUCGUGAUACCCAACCUAGAGGGAAUUGGAGUCUGGGAGCUAAGGGAUUCCUAUCAACAGUUAGCAUGAUCCACAGUGAACGAAUGAAGCUUUUAGGGCCCGUCAUCAUGGGGGUGGGACUAUUCAUCCUCAUCUGUGCCAACACGGUCUUGUAUGAGAACCGCGAUAGAGAGACGCAGAUGCUGCUGGCUCAGAUGCGCAGUGUCAUCUGUUCUGUGUCUGCCGCCGUGCCCUCGGCAGAUCUUCAAGAAAUGGCAGUGUCCAUGUCCAAACAACACUGGGUGAGCAGUUUGCCAGCCGCCCAGCUCAACAGCUUCUGUCGUCAGCAGCUGGCGAGUUCGGAACCCCUGCUACAAACCAAAACGGAUUACCACCGGGGGGUUAGCGCAGAGGGCGUCUAUCGACAGCCAUUACUGCAGACGGAAGCGCUCCAUCAUCAAGAGUCGAUGACUCCUGCUUCAAGUCAUUCCUCCUCCUGUAAUUCCAGCCAGGUGGACGGCAACACGCAAUGUGAAACUGAGCUGAGCUUUAACACCCAAUCCAACACGGCACUUGUAAAGCUUAGUAACUGUCUGAUGUCCGCCAGCUCCAUGUCCACCUUGGGGUUGGAGGAUAUGGACAUUCCAGCCACUCAGCCUCGGCGCUGCCAAAGUAUGAGCUACAGGACUAAACCUUACGUAGCUCCAACUCUUUUGCAAAAAGAGAAUACCAUGAACAGAGAGGAAAGACACUCUGAUCAAAGGGAACUUCUUUCACGAGUUUGCAUUAACAUUCCAGGACAAAUGACGGAUGUCGCCGAGGAGCACACUCGCCAGAGCUGGCCUCGGCUAGACCUGGGCAUAGGGAGACGCUACUUAAAGCUGGAGAACAAAGAGGACUCGGUGGACAAACUACUGGACCAGUUAGAGCAACAGUGUUCCCAGUGGGAUAAAAGUUUUGGCUCAGGACCUUUUCAGUGAUAAAACACUUACGGAUACUGAAACCACCAGGGAGUACUGAUUUUCUUAUGAUAAAACUGGACGAGCAACAGAGCCCUGCAUUAUUUGGGUCUUUGGAUUUACUAGCUGGAGUGUCUGAAAGUUGAACCUGUACUCAAUUUUCAGUGAAAAACUGAUGCACAGACAUGACAUUCUUUACGUGGAGGAAUUUGUAGGUAGCAAAAAAGAGACCAUAACGUUGCUGAUGAGCUAAGCAAUUUUUCAAAAAUGGUCAACUUAUUUCCAAAGCCCAUAUAAUAGGGGCGAGAUAAGAGGUUGUUUUCACUGUGAAGUCCUGCUUAAACCAAGCUACUUGUUUCCCUUACAGUGUUGUUUUUGACAGCCCUUUUCAAUUUUGUCUCGGUCUUUGACUUUUGGACGAAAAUACUUUGUCAUGUUUUAGACAUUUCAAAAUGUUUUCAUCUUCCUGUAGUUUUAGCAGACGUUUACUAAAAAUAUUUUCGUCUAUAAAUUUCUUAAAAAAUUCACUCCAAAACUAAAUAAAUAAAGGUUUCCAACAAUUUCGAAUGAACAUAGACAGAUGAGCACAACGAUGAUAAUACACACGCAGCAGGAAAAGCAGUACAUUAUUUUCAAUUAUACCUACCUGGAAGCCACACACCGUAUGUAAAAAAGAAAAAAAAAAAUUGUCGGAGCAUUUAACAUCCUCAAGACUUGAGCCCCUUUCACAUACACCUGAACACCGUUUAAAUCCCGGGAUUUAAACGGGCAGCCCUUGUAUGUUAAAGCAAUUUCCCAGGUUAACUGACACAGAGAUGACGCAGACAUUUACCGCGUCGCGUCUUAGGAUAAUGUCCGGGAUUUUCCAGGGAAGCCGUUUGCGUUAAACCAGGCCUUAAAGUCCCGGGUCCCAGCACGAUGGCUGAUGACGUAAAUAUGAUGGCGGGCCGAUCAUCACUUCAUUUUCUUCGCAGUAAGACGAAAAGUGGGAAACAAACAUUGCAAUUAUCAACAUAGCAAGCUGGAAAUAGAUGAAUUAAACUGAAAAGAUAUUAAAAUUAAAUUGCUACUGGAUAGUAGAACAGAGGAAGAGAGUCUAUCUUUGGAAAUGUGCAAUUUUUUUGUUGCUGAUGUUAGAGUCCGCAACUGCGGAAACAAGGUUGUACCUCAAAGCAAAAAACAAUGGAGGGACGCGUUCAAAGGUUUAUUUAAUACAAACAAAAAUACACGUGAUUGCGGAAAAGGGGGAAAAAUACAAUAGGUGUGUGACAGUAGGUCGACGGGGAUCAGUAAUAUUAACCUAAGUGGUAUAAAACAAAACAAAUACACUCUAAUACCAACACAA